AAGCAGGUGCCACAAAAUCAUGGAUGCAAACAGUUCUGGGUUGUAGAGUAUAGGCAGUCACAUGAUCCAGAAUCAUGUAUACAUGUCAUGGACCACGGAGCCCAGCCAUGGAUGAGCAGCAGCAGUUCAAUGUCAAUGUCAAGGAGGAUGCCCGAGCUGACCAGGAGGACAUCCUUCUGCACCUCGGCCACCACACAAGGUUAACACUUGGAGAGGCUCGAGCUAUGAGCAGCGAGCUGUUGCUGCUGCCGCCGGAUGCUCCAGCGGCGAAACCUCCAUCGAUUCCCUCCACGGCCACUACCACUACCCUAGCUACCGCCGCCGACGGAACCACCACCAUAUCCUCGCUCGGCCAAGACCAGCUCCUUGAGAUCUUCCUUCGCCUGCCGAGCCUGCCGGCCCUCGUCCGCGCCACGCUCACUUGCCGCUCGUGGCUCGGCGCCAUCCGCUCCUCCCGCUCCUUCCGCAACCUCUUCCGCGCCCUCCACCCGGCGCCCCUCAUCGGGAUCUUCCUCGAUGUCGACGAAGGCAAUGUCUGCUUGUUCGCCCCCUUCAGCCGCUCAGAUCCCGGGGUCAAUAAGGACAUUACACUGGCAGAUUAGCGCAAUUUUUCCUUUUCAUUUUUCUUAUUAUUGGAGUGUGGAUGUUAGAAUGAGGAACUGUAUGACAGUAGAUACGGCAACAGUGUAAUAGUAUAAUCAGGAAUAACGACAUUUCCAUCACUAUUGUGUUUUCUUGA